AUGGGUCCGAGCCUCUGGCCUCUGCUGCUGCCGCUAUCCUGUGCAGUGACUCUGGUCCCCCCUGGGAUUCAGUCCCUGGACCCUGGUCUCUCCGUCCUGAAGUCAUUGCUCUCCACUAUGGACCAGGCUCCCCAGGGACCCCUCAGCCGCUCACGGUUCUCUGCAUUCCUGGCCAACAUUUCUUCUUCCUUUGAGCCUGGGAGAAUGGGGGAGGGACCUGUGGGGGAGCCCCCACCUCUCCAGCCCCCUGCCCUCCGGCUCCAUGACUUCCUAGUGACAUUGAGAGGCAGCCCAGACUGGGAGCCAAUGCUAGGGCUGCUAGGGGAUGUGCUGGCACUGCUGGGACAGGAGCAGACCCCCCGGGACUUCCUGGGGCACCAGGCAGGUGUGCUGGGUGGACUCGCAGAGGUGCUGCUAGGAGCCUUAGUUCCUAUGGGACCCCCUACCCCUACCCGACCCCCAUGUACCCGUGAUGGGCCCUCUGACUGUGUUCUGGUGGCUGACUGGUUGCCUUCUCUGCUGCUGCUGUUAGAGGGUACACGCUGGCAGGCCCUGGUACAGGUGCAGCCCAGUGUGGACCCCACCAAUGCCACAGGCCUGGAUGGGAGGGAGCCAGCCCCCCACUUUUUGCAGGGUCUUUUAGGUUUGCUCACCCCAGUAGGGGAGCUGGGCUCUGAGGAGGCUCUUUGGGGAGGUCUGCUGCGCACAGUGGGGGCCCCCCUCUAUGCUGCCUUCCAGGAAGGUCUGCUCCGUGUCACCGACUCCCUACAGGAUGAGGUUUUGUCCAUUCUGGGGCAACCAGAGCCUGAUGCCAAUGGGCAGUGCCAGGGAGGCAACCUUCAGCAGCUGCUUUUAUGGGGCAUCCGGCACAACCUUUCCUGGGAUGUCCAGGCGCUGGGCUUUCUGUCUGGAUCGCCACCUCCACCCCCUGCCCUCCUCCACUGCCUGAGCACAGGUGUGCCUCUGCCCAGGGCUUCCCAGCCCUCGGCCCACAUCAGCCCUCGCCAGCGGCGAGCCAUCUCUGUGGAGGCCCUCUGCGAGAACCACUCAGGCCCAGCACCACCCCACAGCAUUUCCAACUUCUCCAUCCACUUGCUCUGCCAGCACGCCAAGCCCAUCACCCCGCAGCCCCCUCCCAGCACCGCUGCCAUCUGCCAGACGGCUGUGUGGUACGCAGUCUCGUGGGCACCAGGUGCCCAAGCCUGGCUACAGGCUUGCCAUGACCAGUUUCCUGAUCAGUUCCUGGAGGCAAUAUGUAGCAACGUCUCCUUUUCAGCCCUGUCUGGCCCCAACCGCCGCCUGGUAAAGCAGCUCUGUGCUGGCCUGCUCCCACCCCCUACCAGCUGUCCGGAAGGCCUGCCCCCUGUUCCCCUCACCCCAGAGAUCUUCUGGGGCUGCUUCUUGGAGAAUGAGACUCUGUGGGCUGAGCGGCUGUGUGGAGAGGGGGGUCUGCAGGCUGUGCCCGCCAGCAAUCAGGCUUGGGUUCAGCAUGUGUGCCAGGGCCCCACCCCAGAUGUCACUGCCUUCCCACCCUGCCACGUUGGACCUUGUGGGGAACGCUGCCCAGAUGGGGGCAGCUUCCUGAUGAUGGUCUGUGCUAAUGACACCGUGUAUGAAGCUCUGGUGCCCUUCUGGCCUUGGCUAGCAGGCCAGUGCAGGAUAAGUCGUGGGGGCAAUGACACUUGCUUCCUAGAGGGGCUACUGGGCCCUCUUCUGCCCUCUCUGCCACCACUGGGACCAUCCCCACUGUGCCUGGCCCCAGCUCCCUUCCUGCUUGGCAUGCUAUCCCAGUUGCCACGCUGUCAGUCCUCUGUACCAGCCCUUGCCCACUCCACACGCCUACACUAUCUCCUGCGCCUGCUGACCUUUCUCCUGGGUCCAGGGGCCAGGGGGACUGAGGCCCAGGGAAUGCUGGGUCAGGCCCUGAUGCUCUCCAGUCUCCCAGACAACUGCUCCUUCUGGGAUGCCUUCCGCCCAGAGGGCCGGCGCAGUGUGCUGCGGACAGUCGCAGAGUACCUGGAACAGGAGGAACGGCCGACCCCACUGGGCUUUGAACCCACUGCCAGCCCCAGCUCUGUUAUAAACAAGAUGGAGCUGUUGGCCUGCUUCAGC